ACGUGAUCCCCCAACUUUGUACAUUUGACAGGGAGGAGGAGGGUUUUGUGGAGAUCAGAAAAACGACAGCGCUAUAAAAAUUAGUAUUAUUGCACUUCACAAAUUAAUGACCAUGAGUUCAUACUUGAUCAACUCGAACUAUAUCGAACCCUCUUUCCCUCCAUGCGAAGAGUAUCAGCAGAACAGUUAUAUCCCCACCCCCGCACAGUUCUAUGGCCAGCAGAAAGGUCCGGGCUUUCCGCCGCACGAUGAGCCGUCAUUUCAGCGGUCAAACUACGUGGAAACGAGCUACGACUACAAUAAUGCGUCUUCUAACGGACUAGAAGAGUUCUCAGGCCACGUUCAGACCCAACCCGUUCCGCAGAACCGUGAUAUUCGCCUGAUCUCGAACGAGGAUGGGGAGACAGUUGCUUCCAAAGACUGCAGCCUCUCCACUGAGACGCUUCCGCCCGCGCUCAAGACUAAGGAGCCCGUGGUCUAUCCGUGGAUGAAGAAGAUGCACGGUAACACCGUUAGCCCCAGUUACACCGGAGCACCGCCCAAGAGGUCUCGCACCGCCUACACGAGACAGCAGGCUCUGGAGCUCGAGAAAGAAUUCCAUUUUAACCGUUACUUAACUAGACGCCGCCGCGUGGAGAUCGCGCACGCGAUGUGUCUGUCCGAGCGCCAGGUCAAGAUAUGGUUUCAGAACCGCAGGAUGAAGUGGAAGAAAGACCACAAGCUGCCCAACACUAAGAUCCGCUCGAGCGGCUCGUCCUCUGGAAGCCAGCAUGUCAAAACACCCGCCACCCAGAAAGAACUGGUCCCGACGGCCUGUACUGCCCGCCUAUAGCGACUGCCUCCUGAACAUCGCCAAGCCAGAUGACUGAGCAAGCCUGAACAGUGUGUGGACCAGUAGGUGCUGGAGAGUACCACAUUUACUCCGAAAUGAUGGACCGCGUCCUCCCGUCCACCGCCGCCUCCCUCCUCUCCCUCUCCUGUCGCAUAGUUUUAUCUUAUUAUCUCACUUGCUGCAAGGAUAGCAUGUGAAAGUUUUUUUCUUUCUUAGGAACGUAUUAAAUACUGGAAGGACCGCCUAUGCGGAGUCUGUAGAGCUCGUGAUAUCUGAUAUGGGUGUCUGCGAGAACGUGGGAACGGAGGAGCCCUCGUGAGAGAGUGCGAGUGUGCUGUUUUAAACGUGAAAGUUCCUGUCAUGUCCAGAUGACUAACUUAUGUAAAUAAAGAAAAAUAGCGAGAAGCCCGUGUUCGGUACAAUAUGUGUGUAUGGUAGAAACCAUAGCUGUCUCGUGCUUUACUGAAAACCCCGUUUGUGCGUGUAGGCCUGUCUGCGUAAUGUGGUUCAAAAUGUGAGUGUUUGUGUAUUUGGUAUAAUGUCAAAUUAAUUGACGUCGUCAUGUAUUUUAGUAUCAGAAAGUAACCGCAAGAUGCAAAUAAAAUGUAUU